AUGGCCCUGGCUAAUGAUUACGCGGAGAUAACCCCCGAGAUUCUUAAGGGAGGCGCCCAGGAGGAUCGCGGCGAGACUGCCAGAAUGCAGUAUUUUAUCGGAUCUAUUGCCGUAGGAGACCUGUUAAAAUCUACUUUGGGACCUAAAGGUAUGGACAAGCUCCUGCAGCCAAUGAAUCUUGAAGGUCCAGGCGGUGGUAUGAAUGUAGUAACUAACGAUGGAGCAACGAUUUUGAAGUCAGUUUGGUUAAACAACCCAGCAGCCAGAGUUUUAGUGGAUGUGUCAAUGCAACAAGAUGCCCAGUGUGGAGAUGGUACCACAGGAGUGGUCGUUUUAGCCUCCGAACUCCUUAGGGCAGCUGAAAAGCUCAUAGAUCAAAAAAUCCACCCACAAACAAUUUGUUUGGGUUUUAGAAAGGCACUGAAAGUUGCGAGAGAUAGACUGGAUCAGAUAAAGUUUUCGAGAAUACUGGAUCCGGAAAAGUUUGAGGAGGAUCUGCUCAACAUUGCAAGAACUACCCUAUCAUCAAAACUACUUCGGGUUGAAAAGGACCACUUUGCAAAGUUGGCUGUGAACGCACUUCUUAGGAUGCACAAGAAUCUGGACAAGGAUAGUCAGGACGCCUCUUCCCACCUGAAUUUGUCUCUAAUUCAGAUAAUUAAGAAGCCUGGCGGAACCUUGAAGGAUUCAUACCUGGAGGACGGAUUCGUACUUGAAAAGAGAAUUGGAGUUGGACAACCAAAGAGAAUGACUGAUUGCAGAAUUCUAGUUGCAAACACACCAAUGGAUACAGACAAGGUCAAGAUUUACGGAGUCAAAGUCAAUGUAGACUCAUUUGAGGCAGUAAGCGCCCUUGAACAAAGUGAGCGCGACAAGAUGAAGAAAAAGGUCAAUAAAAUACUCGCACAUAAAUGCAAUGUCUUUAUUAACAGGCAAUUGAUUUACAACUACCCAGACCAGCUUUUUAAGGAGGCUGGAGUUAUGGCCAUAGAGCACUCAGACUUUGAUGGAAUGGAGAGACUUGCAGCCUGUUUAGAUGCUGAAAUAGUUUCAACCUUCGAUACUCCAGAAAAGGUUAAACUCGGCAGGUGUGACCUUAUUGAGGAGGUCAUUAUCGGAGAGGACAAGCUCAUUAGGUUUUCUGGGUGCGCAAGAGGAGGGGCCUGUACCAUAAUUUUGAGGGGAGCUUCGACUCACGUACUCGACGAGGCUGAGAGGUCGCUCCACGACGCUCUUGCAGUUCUGAGCGAGACUCUAAAUGAUGGUAGGAUUGUCUGCGGAGGAGGUUGUGCCGAACUAGAAAUGGCACACUACGUAGAAGAGUACGCAAAAACAAUUGCUGGAAAGGAAAGUCUGGCUGUUGAGGCCUUUGCCCAUGCACUCAGAACACUCCCCGGAUAUAUACUAAGCAACGGCGGCUUCGACAGCGCUGAUGUAGUCUGCAACCUCAGAGCUGAGCAUUCUAAGGGAAAUGUUACUGCCGGUAUCGAUAUUGACAAAGGAGGAGUAGGUGACAUGAUGGAUUUGGGUGUUUUUGAAAGUUACAAAUCCAAGCUCUCGCAGAUUUGUCUUGCAACAGAAGCUGCUGAAUCAAUUGUAAGAGUGGAUGACAUAAUCAAAUGUGAACCCAGACAACGUUCUCCCGGUGUGUAA